GGACCAUGGGCUGUAGCUGCAGCUCAAACCCUGAAGAUGAUUGGAUGGAAAACAUCGAUGUAUGUGAGAACUGCCAUUACCCCAUAGUCCCACUGGAUGGCAAGGCCACGCUGCCAAUGCGGAAUGGCUCUGAGGUUCGGGAUCCACUGGUCACCUAUGAGGGCUCCAACCCCCCAGCUUCUCCACUGCAAGAUAACCUGGUUAUCGCCCUGCACAGCUAUGAGCCCUCUCACGAUGGAGACCUGGGGUUCGAGAAGGGUGAACAGCUCCGUAUCCUGGAGCAGAACGGUGAGUGGUGGAAGGCGCAGUCCCUGACCACCGGCCAGGAAGGUUUCAUCCCUUUCAACUUCGUGGCCAAAGCGAACAGCCUGGAGCCCGAACCCUGGUUCUUCAAGAACCUGAGCCGCAAGGAUGCGGAACGACAGCUCCUGGCUCCGGGGAACACGCACGGCUCCUUCCUGAUCCGGGAGAGCGAGAGCACCGCUGGAUCGUUUUCCCUGUCCGUCCGGGACUUCGAUCAGAACCAGGGAGAGGUGGUGAAACAUUACAAGAUUCGUAACUUGGACAAAGGAGGCUUCUACAUCUCCCCACGCAUCACUUUUCCCGGCCUGCACGAGCUGGUCCACCAUUACAGCAAUAAUUCAGACGGGCUAUGCACACGGUUGAGCCGCCCCUGCCAGACCCAGAAGCCCCAGAAGCCAUGGUGGGAGGACGAGUGGGAGGUUCCCAGGGAGACGCUGAAGCUGGUGGAGCGGCUGGGGGCUGGCCAGUUCGGGGAGGUGUGGAUGGGGUACUACAACGGGCACACGAAGGUGGCAGUGAAGAGCCUGAAGCAGGGCAGCAUGUCCCCUGACGCCUUCCUGGCCGAGGCCAACCUCAUGAAGCAGUUGCAACACCAGCGACUGGUCCGGCUCUACGCGGUGGUCACCCAGGAGCCCAUCUACAUCAUCACGGAAUACAUGGAGAAUGGGAGCUUGGUGGAUUUUCUGAAGACCUCUGCAGGCCUCAAGCUGACCAUCAACAAACUCUUGGAUAUGGCAGCCCAAAUUGCAGAGGGCAUGGCAUUCAUCGAAGAGCGCAAUUAUAUUCACCGUGACCUGAGGGCCGCCAACAUCCUAGUGUCUGACACCCUGAGCUGCAAGAUCGCAGAUUUUGGCCUGGCACGCCUCAUUGAGGACAACGAGUACACAGCCAGAGAGGGGGCCAAGUUUCCAAUUAAGUGGACAGCACCAGAAGCCAUUAACUAUGGGACCUUCACCAUCAAGUCGGACGUGUGGUCUUUCGGGAUCCUGCUGACGGAGAUUGUCACCCAUGGCCGCAUCCCUUACCCAGGGAUGACCAAUCCUGAGGUGAUUCAGAACCUGGAGCGAGGCUACCGCAUGGUACGACCUGACAACUGUCCAGAGGAGCUGUACCACCUCAUGAUGCUGUGCUGGAAGGAGCGCCCAGAGGACCGGCCCACCUUUGACUACUUGCGCAGCGUGCUGGAGGACUUCUUCACGGCCACGGAGGGCCAGUACCAGCCCCAGCCCUGA